AUGAAUAAAUUGAAAUCAUCACAGAGGGAUAAAGUAAAAAAAUUCGUUGCAUUUACGCAGACGACGGAGAGUACAGCCAUAUAUUGUCUUUCGCAAAAUGAUUGGAAAUUGGAAUUGGCAAGCGACAAUUAUUUUCAGAACCCAGAUGCAUAUUAUAAAGACUCUGGCAAAGCGUCUGUCGAUAGAAAGAAGGUUGAACAAUUAUUCAAUAAGUACAGAGACCCACAAGAGAACGAUAAAAUUACUGUUGAUGGUGUUAUGAAGUUCCUAGAAGACUUAAACUUAAGCCCUGAAUCUAUUUUAGUUCUUAUUAUAGCAUGGAAAUGUAAAGCAGCAGUUCAGUGCGAAUUUACAAAAGAUGAGUUUACAAUGGGCCUUGUAGAACUCAGUGUUGAUAGUGUAGACAAAUUUAGAGCUAAAUUACCCAUGCUUGAAACUGAAAUUAAAGACCCAAACAAAUUCAAAGAUUUCUAUCACUUCACAUUUAAUUAUGCAAAAAAUCCUGGCCAAAAAGGCUUAGAAUUAGAUAUGGCAAUAGCAUACUGGAACAUUGUACUCAGAGGGAGAUUCAAAUUUUUAGAUGCGUGGUGUAAAUUUCUUACGGAACAUCAUAAAAGAUCGAUACCAAAGGACACAUGGAACUUGCUUCUUGAUUUUGCUACCCAAAUUGAUGAUGGCAUGAGUAAUUAUGAUGCAGAAGGUGCCUGGCCAGUUCUCAUUGAUGACUUUGUAGAGUGGUGCCAGAAGCAGGAACUUACCGUAGACAGCUUCAAAGGACUAGAGCCUGCUUCUGGCUAG